CGUCCUCUGAUCGUUGCUCUUCAUGGAGGAUGCUAUGACAGCUGAGUGAGACUUUAGGAGUCCCUUUUGUGUCCAUCGAUCGACCGUCCUAUGGGGAUACUAAUUCAAUAUUGCCUAUUCCGGAGGGAUCGGACUUUUACGAGGAAACUGGUAUCUGGUUGCAUCGCUAUAUUCUCCCUGCCCUCUGGUCCGAGAUUGGCACACCAAAGCAAUGCAACUCGAUUGUUAUUUUGUCCCACAGCUUGGGCGUGAUGGGAGGAAUAAUAGCUGCUGCUUUGCAUGCGCGAGAUAACGCACCGUUAUACCCUCUUGCUGGGCUUCUUGCCUGUGGUAUGGGCAAUACGCAGUCGUCUUUCACGAAGUCUAACACCCCUGACUACAUAACGAUUGACGCCGACCAUGUGCUAUUUCCCCCAGAAAAGAAAGACGUAAUUAUGUUCAAACCAGGGACCACGGUUCCCGAGGUUUUGGAGCUGUGGGAGGGUCUCAAUGCGGUGUCGCCUCUCCCGGAAAUUUCUCAGUUCCCUGCCGCGUGGCUGCCCGUUUGGAAGGAAAAGUGGGCCGCGCAGGUGGCAGUUCCAGUUAUGUUCUCUCUUGUUGAUAAUGACCCCUUCUUUGUCGCCGAUGAAGAAGAAUUAGGGGUUUGUGUGCAGGCAUUCAAGGAGAGCGCUCGUCUUGAUGGGAGCUUGGUUAAAGGUGCCCCUCAUUGCAUGGAAUUGAGUCAUUGGUCGCAAGGGUGGUAUGCUCGUUGUUUUGGGUUCGCGAUGGAAUGUUCCGCCACUCUGGCUAGUUCAGCAUAGCCUGGAAUGACAUGACACUUUCUAGCAGGG